GAAUAUAUUACGCAUGCAGACAAAGAAGCAUAUAGAGAUAACCAAUUUUAUUCAUCAAGAUUGUUCCUUGGGCGUUCGGGUUUUUGUUCUUUAGAAGAGGAUAAGAAUUACAUGAAUGGCUCAUCGUGGUCACACGAGGUCUCAAUCGUUUUCCUCUUCUCAACCACCUCCGCCUCAGAAAUCGAAACACGAUCCCGUGACAGAUAAAACUGCUCAUAGCACUGUGUCAUGCGUUUAUCAGACACAUAUCGGAGGGUUCUGGCGAAAUGUGACAGUUUUAUGGAGCAAGAACCUGAUGAACAAUUCAUUAAGCAUAUCGGUCGAUAGCAUGCAGAGCGAUCACAAUCAGACAUGCAAGAUUGAUUUCAAACCUUGGCAUUUUUGGGCCAAAAAGGGUUACAAGACUUUCGAGGUUGAUGGGAACCAAUUGGACGCCUAUUGGGAUCUUCGAUCAGCAAAAUUUUCCGGCAGCCCAGAACCCAGUAAAGAUUUCUAUGUCGCGUUAGUAUCUGACGAAGAAGUUGUGUUACUAGUAGGGGAUUACAAGAAAAAGGCCUAUAAGAGGACAAAAUCCAGACCUGCCCUUGUCGAUGCAGCACUAUUUUCUAAAAAAGAACACGUUUUCGCCAAAAAAUGUUUCUCCACAAGAGCAAAGUUUGACGACAGGCAAAAGGAGCACGAGAUCAUUGUAGAGAGUUCAACAUCAGGGAAUAAGGAUCCCGAAAUGUGGAUUAGCAUAGACGGGAUUGUACUGAUACACAUUCGGAAUUUGCAUUGGAAAUUCAGAGGAAACCAAACCGUAUUAGUUGACAAGCAACCGAUACAAGUCUUUUGGGACGUACAUUCUUGGCUAUUCUGUGCCCCCGGCUCCGCCCACGGGAUGUUCAUAUUCAAGCCUGGUACAGCAGAAGCAGAUAGUGAUAAGGAAGAUAACAGCCAAUGUGAUCAUAGUGACAGCAGCGACAAUAGCUGGUAUUACUCGACAAAAAGCUAUGCGAAAGCAUCACAGUUCUGUCUCUUCCUAUAUGCGUGGAAGAUCGAGUGAGAUAAAAUCUAGCCUUCAGAGUCGAAGCCUGCCCGAAAAGCAUAGUCUAUUACAUGAUUGUAUUUGGUAUAAUGAUCAGAGUAAGUUUAAUAUUGUUGUAAAUGAUACGAUCAUGAUCUUGAAAUUACUGCAGAAAAACAUGCAAAUUCUAGAAAAGAACCGCUUAAUGCAGAUCACCGAGUAAUCAAUGUAAGCAAUAGAGCGAAUAGCUAAUGCUAGAAAAGAAAAGAAAACUACAAUGACCAGUACAUGAAUUCGAACUGUUAGAAGUGUGACUCAAAUAUGAGUCUAAUUGAAUUAUAUAUUUGUACCUUUUUAGAACUUU